GACAGGGGGAAGAAAGAGAAGACGGAGCUCCAGCCCCGCCGCUACACCAUUCAAGCUGUCUUUAUAGCUAUAUGUUUUUUUUAUAUAAUAGGGCUCGUGGUUCGAAAUCGACAUAGCCAGUGAACGCCAGGCCCUAGUUUGUCGGCGCUCUUUCUCCCCCCCCUUCGCCCCUGCACACUCACAGAAAAGAAAAUGAGCGGCAGCGGGCGGCCCAGGACCAGCUCGUUUGCCGAGCCGCCGGGGGCUCCGGGAGCCGCCGCAGCCGCCGCCGGAAGCGCCGUCGCGGGUGGGAGCGUUGCAGGAAAGUCCGGGGCUGCUCAGGCCUCCGGCGCUACUUCGACUGGCUUUGGAAACUUGAAGCUCAGCAGGGACAGCGGGAAGGUGACCACAGUGGUAGCCACACCUGGACAAGGUCCAGAUCGCCCACAGGAAGUGUCCUACACGGACAUUAAAGUGAUUGGUAAUGGCUCGUUCGGGGUGGUGUAUCAGGCCCGACUCAGCGACAGCCAGGAGAUGGUGGCCAUCAAGAAGGUGCUGCAGGACAAGCGGUUUAAGAAUCGAGAAUUACAGAUUAUGCGAAAGCUGGACCACUGCAACAUUGUUAGGCUACGCUACUUCUUCUAUUCCAGCGGAGAAAAGAAAGAUGAAGUGUAUUUGAAUCUGGUGCUGGAUUAUGUACCAGAGACUGUGUACAGAGUUGCACGCCACUUCAACAAGGCCAAGACCACCAUACCUAUCAUCUACGUCAAAGUGUAUAUGUAUCAGUUAUUCCGCAGUUUGGCAUAUAUCCAUUCCCAAGGCGUCUGCCACAGAGACAUCAAACCACAAAACCUGCUAGUGGACCCUGAAACCGCCGUUCUCAAGCUGUGUGAUUUUGGAAGUGCAAAGCAGUUAGUUCGUGGCGAGCCCAACGUUUCGUACAUCUGCUCACGGUAUUACCGUGCCCCAGAGCUUAUCUUCGGAGCUACAGAUUACACCUCAAACAUCGAUAUCUGGUCAGCCGGCUGUGUAUUGGCUGAGUUGCUGCUGGGCCAGCCCAUUUUCCCCGGUGACAGCGGAGUUGACCAGCUAGUUGAAAUCAUUAAGGUUUUGGGCACGCCGACAAGAGAACAGAUCCGGGAAAUGAAUCCCAACUACACAGAGUUUAAAUUCCCUCAGAUCAAAGCGCAUCCCUGGACUAAGGUGUUUAAACCCAGGACGCCCCCGGAGGCCAUUUCUCUGUGUUCCCGUCUGCUGGAAUACACACCGGUGACGCGUCUCUCUCCGUUAGAGGCCUGUGCCCACGCAUUCUUCGACGAACUGCGCCAGCCCAACGCUCGUCUGCCCAGCAGCCGAGAGCUGCCCAUGCUCUUCAACUUCAGCCCUGUGGAGCUGUCUAUUCAGCCACAGUUGAACUCCUCUCUCAUUCCUCCUCAUGCUCGCUCGCAGACGACGCCCGUUUCUCACGAAGGCAGCGUGUCGGACGGCUCAGCCCAGUCCAGCUCUGCACCAGGAGCCCUGAGCAACAGCACCUGAGCAUUACCUCUGUGUUUCUGCACCGUUCUCCCUCACCACCAUCACCACCUCCUCCUUUCCGUCAUCCUUAUCCUCAUCCCGUCACCUGUCCCUCGUUCCAUCCUUUUCAAAAGCUCCAGAACCCCGAUGUGUUUCGCACCGACUUUUUUUUUCUUUUUUUCUCUCCUCCCGAAACCUCUUUGUUAGACAUUUAGAAUCUUGCAGGAGAACGUGUUAUUCAGUCUGUUUCGUUCAUUUCAGAUGAAUUUUGCGGCCAUGUGGUUAAAAGGCAAAGAAUGGUUUGUCGAGGCAUUUCUGACCUCUAGUGGCAGGAGGGGAAAAUCUCAUUUAAGCCACCCACCUUCCUUCCACUCCACCUCCUCCUUUACUGUCUGCUCUGUCUCUGAAAAGGUCCAAACUUUUAAUUAUGUUUUAAUCUGAAAUACACCUAAUGGAGCCACACUGCUGCAGGUGUAUUCUUUUUUUUUUUUCUUCUUCUUUUAAAAGUUUGUUCUUAAAAUUGUACAAGUUUUAGCUUUUUUUUUUUUCCCCCCUUCGUCUUAUACGAGACCAUGUUCUUGACACGAUUGUGAAAGUGUUUUUAUGGAGCAGCGAGUAGACGUGGCAGUCAUGUUUCCAUACCCCAAGUUUUUAUCAGGAAAAGGACAAAGAGGUGCGUGUUUUUUUUUUUUGUUGUUGUUUUUUUUUCUCCCUCCUCCACCCCCCCCUUUCGGUAAAAGCAAACGCUUUUCCUCCAUCGCUCAGUUCAAGGGCUCAUCUAGAGCUCAUCAAGUUCCAAAAAACAGUCAGAGUUCAGACGUGCUGGUAUAGGGUCAGACUUUUUUGUCUUUCACAUCCCCGUGAAUGUUAGUGAUAGGGAUGGAGAGGGGCUGAUCCUAGAGCAGUACUGUUACUUUAUGACCCCUUAAUCGUUUCGGCAUGAUAAAAAAAAAUAUAUAUAUAUAUAUGCGUGAGGAAAAGUGUGCGUGUGUAUAUAUAUAAACAUGAGCACGCGCAAGUCCCCGACGAUAUCCUCCGCUCUUGCAAAUCAUCCUAUAGGAUUUGAGAUCAUAGAAACGAUUGUGUGUGUGCGUGUGUUUCAGUAGAGUUAGUAAAUUUAAAUAUUUAAAUGGCUGCUGAUCUGUGACGAAUCUAUAUCAUUGUAAGUAUCAUAGAGCCCCCACUCUCAUGCGCGCACACACACACACCCACACCAAUGCCUCUCCACUCCCACCUGGAGCCGUCCAUCCACCCGUCCCCUCUCCAUCCCUUACUCCUCCCUUCUCUCACUGCUGAUAUGUAAAUAUCAUGUACCUUUACCUUUUUUUUUUUUUUUUUUUUUUUUUUUUUUUUUUGUUAUUAUUGUUAUUCUGUUCUUGUAACUUGAUUUUUAUUUCUAGUGGAGUAGUGCUGGUUCAGGUAGUGGCCAGCUCUCUCUGUCUCUUUCUCCCAGUGCUCUCAUUUGUACAUAGCAUUUCAAGUUUUCCUCUCACCCCUGCUAAAAGGAGGGUCGAGAAGGGGAUGGAACAAAACUGAGUCUCUUACUCCUUCCCCUCCAUCACUCUCUCACACUUUCUCUCUUUCUCUCUCUCUCUUCCGCAGUCCUUCAUGUGCUCACUUCCUCAUAAAUGUUAUUUCGAAUAUUUUAUUUAUUGUACUGCAGACAGUGUUUUUUUUUUUGUUUGUUUUUGUUUUUGUUUUUUUGUUUUAUGAUCUGAUGGGGUAGAGACUUGUGUAUGUGUGACCUGUCCUUAGAAUCAACAUUCAUAUCCUAAACUUGAUAUUAUCUUGGAAUGUGUUCAAGAAUAUUGAACGUAACGUGCGUGUCCCGUCGCGCCGCAUGUUCCCGAAGGUGCAGGCACACAGGCGUACGAAAGCACGCACGCGCGAAAGAGAGAGAUUAAUGCCGGACCGCUUAGCCCAUCUGGGACUCAGGGACUGGGCUAAGUGAGGGAGAGGGAGAGAGAGAAACUGUGUUUUUGUUUGUUGGUUUAAAUAAGCUCGUUAAUAAAGUGAUGAAAAGUGUCUCUGCCAGUGA